AUGAGUUGCCUGCGGGAGAUGCAUCUCGAUGAUCUUUUUAAAUUCAACACGUUAGUCUUCGAUCCAUUCACCGAGGUGUAUGGCCUCAGUUUCUUCAUGCGCCACCUGGCCCAGUGGCCCGAACUGGCGCUGGCCGCCCUCUCGCCUCAGGGCCAACUGGCCGGCUUCAUUUUUGGCAAGUGCCUGCCCGGCACGGAUGCCGCCGACCUGCACGGUCACGUUUGCGCGCUGACCGUCGAGUCGCACUAUCGCCGGCUGGGCGUGGCCUCGCUGCUCAUGAACCACUUUGCGCACUUGCUGGACCUGAGGAACGCCUGGUAUGUGGAUCUCUAUCUGCGCUGCAGCAACCAGGCCGCCUACCAGCUCUACUGCGCCCUCGGCUACUGUCUGCGCCGCGUCCUGCUCGAGUACUACCCAGGCGAUCCCGACGAGGAUGCCUUCGACAUGCGAAAGCCGCUGGCCAUAGACGUCCUGGGCCACUCCCUGCUGGUCGCCAGCAAGCAGUCGGUGCACCUGCCCAGCGACGAGGAAAGCGACGACGACUACAACUAG